UUGCGAACAUAAACAAAAACAUUUGAUUAAAAUUAAGUUUGAAAUGGAUUCGGACGAUACAAUAAUGGAAGAUUUAAAUAUCUUGGAAGAUGUGGCCGAAGCAAGGAGGCAAAAAGUUUAUAAAAACAAAAUUGAACCAUUCUCGAAAUAUGACGAUACGGAGUUUUAUCGGCACUACAGAUUUGAUAAGACAACUGCCAGAUUCAUUAUUGAUCUUUUGCGGGAAGACAUCGCCUCGGCUACCAAUAGAGGUGGUGCAAUUUCAAGUGAGUUGAUUGUAUUGACAGGGCUGAGAUAUCUUGCCGCAGGAUCUUACCAGAAGGAUGUUGGCAAGUUAAAAUUAUGAAAUACAUAUUCAAUGUUUCAAAAAGUUGUUCUUCUUCAGGUGAUUGCCAUAAUAUUUCUCAAUAAUCUGUUAGUAAUUGUGUUAAGAAAUUUGUUAGAGCCUUGGCCUCUAAAGCAAGGGACUACAUCAAAUUCCCCAGUGAGCCCUCGGAAAUUCGGUCAGUGAAAAGAAAGUUUUUUGAUGUUGCUGGCUUUCCACAAUGUAUGGGUGCUAUUGAUUGCACUCAUAUCAAAAUUAAGAAUCCUGGUCAAGAAUUUGGAGCACGACACAGAUGUAGA